AUGAGACUCCGUAUCCGCGGUCCAUCCGGACAGGCAACUGUUGCUUUGGACAACAGUGCUACCGUGGGCGACCUGCAAACUCAAAUCGCAGACAACACCGGAUUAACGCAGUUCGACGUGAAAUAUGGAUAUCCCAACCUCAAACCACUUGCGCUGAACGAGUUUCCUGCGGACCUCCGGAUCACGGACCUGGGAAUCGAACUGAAUGGCGAACAGCUGAUCGUGACGAAGAAGGAGGGCGUGGCGGACGAACAACCAAGUGGAAACAUUUCAGAGACAGCUCCAACUCAACAGCAAUCACAACCGCUCGAGAAGACGGCCCCCAAAGGCGACUCCGAUGACCCGCCGGAGAUCGCAUCCCCCGACCAUGGGGGCACCUUUGUCCUACGGAUCAUGCCCGACGACAACUCCUGUCUCUUUCGCGCGGUUGGCAGCGCCAUCAUGGGUGGUAUGGACACGAUGAAUGAACUCCGAUCGGUGGUCGCUCAGACAAUCCAAGCACACCCGGAGCUCUACUCCGAGGCGGUUCUGGAGAAGAAGCCCGAUGACUACUGUCGCUGGAUCCAGAACGAGGACUCGUGGGGCGGCGGAAUCGAGCUUAGCAUUCUGAGCAAGCAUUUCGACAUCGAGAUCUGCUCAAUCGACGUACAGACCCUGCGCGUUGAUCGCUUUAACGAGGGCCCUCGCACCCGGUGUAUCCUGGUCUACUCCGGUAUCCACUAUGAUACGAUUGCGCUGUCGCCGUCUGAACCUCCGUUCACCCAUGCGUAUGCGCCUCCCGAGUUCGAUACCAAGGUCUUUGAUGCUGCCGAUCCGGUGGUGUUGGAGAAAGCGUUGGAGCUCUGCAAGGUGCUGCAGGGCAAACAUUACUACACGGAUACCGCUGGCUUCCGCAUUCGCUGCAAUACAUGCGGUGCUGUUUUGAUCGGGGAAAAAGGUGCGGCCCAACACGCGACUCAGACGGGACACUAUGACUUCGGAGAAGCAGCUUAA